AUGAUUAUUGGAACUGCCGAAAUAAUUAUUGCUGCUGGUUUUUUUCCCGCUGCACAUCAAAGCUCUUUAAUCUUUCUUGAUGUUUGUUUUUCUGUUGCUUUUAAUGAAUUUUUCCAAGCAGUUGAACUUCUUGAGCUUGAAACAGCUGAAUUGGAUAUUUUGCUGUUCUUUUAUUUUUUUGCGCAGCAACAUUUUGUAAGAAGUCAUGAUGAAGUGGCCUUGUCCAAAUCACAUAGAGGGUACUUGUCUCACGGUCGAAAUUAUUCUUUAGAGCUUUGGAUUUUGCAGUGA